AUGUUCAAACAAUCAAUUAAAUCUGUAUCUUCAAAGCAAAUACGCUUUUCAGCAGCUACAAGGUCCCUUCAUUGUACUAGGGUUGUUUUGGCAAAAGGAGACUCUUCCACAAUUGAUUCGUAUAGACUUCCAUCGCAAACAUCAAUCAAUGAAUGGGAGUUCAAAUACGAUUUCAUCCCCAAGACUACUCCAAAGGUGCCACCAGUUACCAAAGAGGCUGUGAAACAAGACAUUGCUCAAGAAAAGGCGAAAUCUAUUGAACGUGAGAUGUUUGCCAAGGAGAGUAACUCAUCGAUUAAAGUUGAAGCAAAUGAUGCACGCGUAGUCCACGGGGGUGAAGCUGUUGAUUCAGUGCAUGAAUUGAAUGAGGAUAGAGGUAAUGCUCAACCAAUUGACUCCAGUAUUGGCAAUCCAAAAGUUAAAGGUUCAAAGCCAAAGAAGGCUGCAAAUCAUGACAAGUAUGUUCAGUCUUCAAUUAAUCCAAACAUUAACAAUGCCGAUGUCGUUAACUUGGGUGGUCAGGCUAUUGACCACAAGACUGAAUCGGUGGAUAAGCAAACUCCCGUGGUUCACGAUAUCGAGCACGACAAUUUGCACCAUCAAGGAAGGAAAUGA